AUGAAGGGAUUAGAAUAUACAAAGAACCAGAAUCAAUUAGAUAUUAGUACUACUACAAGUACUCCAUCACCAUCGCACUCUGUAGUAGUGGUUGGUAGACCACUUGGUAUAUCAUUUGAUCAAAAUGAAAAUCUAUUGAUUGCAGAUCCUGUCAAGGGUUUACUAAGAUUAAACAAAAAUACAAAUUUAUUGGAAAUUCUAACUGGUCAAUUUAAUGGUACUCAAAAAUUAACUUUUGUAAAUGAUGUAGUAUGUGCAAAAGAUGGAAUGAUAUAUUUUAGUGAUAGUACAACAUUGGGACCAAUUUUAGAUAGAUCGGGUGAUUGGAAUACAUAUAUUCCAUCAAUUUAUACUUGUCUAAGUGGUCUACCAGCUGGAAAAUUCUUAUCCUAUAAUCCAAAAACAAAAGAAACAAAAGUAUUAAUAGAAAAGAUUGCCUUUUCAAAUGGAGUAACAAUGGAUCAAGAUGGAAACAGUGUUUUUAUUUGUGAAACUGCAAAUUUAAGAGUUUUAAGAUAUUGGAUUAAUGGUGUUAAUGCUGGAAAAUCACAAAUUUUUAUUGAUAAUUUACCAGGAUACCCAGAUGGAAUUAGAAUGGGUGAUGAUGGUAUGGGUAAUGUAAUCGGGUUGAGAUCAACUACACCAACAGCUGCUGAUUUAUAG